GUACGAGGGGGACACGGAGCCGGACGACGUGAGCGGCGUCCAGCCGGACAUGGCCAAGGCCAAGAUGAUCGACUUUGGGCGGGUCCGCCGGCAGGCCGGCGGGGAUCCGGGCUACUCGAAGGGCGUGGCGACGCUCGUAAGCAUCCUCGAGGAGAUCCUGAGGGAGUCCUUCCUCGAGGAGUCGAGGUACAUUUCCCCGAAACGGAACGGGCACGCCAUGAACCGCUAGUGGCGUGUGGGUGCCAUCCAACGACCGUUCCGCGGUUUCGCUGCCACUGCCACGAUAGAAACCCUUUUUGGGGGCCGUGCCAUUCGAUGAAAGUGCAGCCCCGAUCGAUGCCUGCCUGCCUGCCUGCCUGCCGCUCUUUGGAAUCCAUCUGCAUUGUGGCAUUUGUCUAUAAUUCGCGCUUCGGUGUAAUGCGCCACCCCUCGCGUACCAAUCGGUCGAGGUAUGGCCCCGAUGCCCGCUGCCGUUUCAUGAAAUCCACCGGCGCGGUGCGAUUGGUUUGCGAUUGCGAUUGCGAUUACAAUUACAGUAGUGACCAGAAAACAGUUGCACAAUAGAACAAUGUACAAACA